GUGGAGCGCCGGGGGCCGAGCUUUCGGGGUUGGGCCAGGGCACAGACCAGGCCACCUGCUGGCUGCAGGGGUUUUGGAGAUACGUGUACCGAUUCGUACGGAGUCCUGAUUAACCUUCGUCAGAACAAUUAAACAAUUCCAUCUCGCUGGACCCGACUCGCUACGAGCGAGGACUCGGAAUUUUGCACAAAGCGCUCGACUUUCCAGCUGUGGCGGCCUCGAAUUGCAAUAACCCACACCACAUUCCGACGACUCUGGAGUGAUGCAGGCUCCUCCUCCCCCUCAAGGGCCCCAGGGCCCCCAGGGACCGCAGCAGGGCGGACCGAUGCCCAUGAUGCCCAGCCCCGAGCAGAUUGCCGCCAUGCAGCGGCAGCUUGCCAUCGAUGCCGAGAAGAUGGGCAUGACGGUGCCGCAGUUCAUCGAACAUAUCAAGCGUCAUCGGAUGCAGGCGCAGCAACAACAGGCGCAACAAGGAGAGCAUGCCCACCAGCACCAGCACCAACACCCGCACCCGCACCCGCACCCGCACCAGCAUCAGCAUCAACCCCAACCGGGCCAGCCCCAGCCCAUUGUGCCGGGCCCGCCCAACCCGGUCGCCAUUGCGCUCGCCAAGUUCCUCCGCAGCCAGAACCUCAAGCCGCGCACGUGCAUCCUCAACGGCGAGCGCAAGGACAUGUUUAGAGUCAAACGUGCCCUCCGCGCCCUCGAGUCGGACGCAUACAAGAAGGCGCGGCUUAAGAACCCGGCUCUGCCCGAGAUCACGGACCGCGCGUCGCUCGAGAACACGUUCAAGCUGCUGCCGCUCUCGAUGCUCGCGCUGCGCGUCGUCAAGGCAGACCCGCACGAGGGCCACGACCACGCGCCGCCCAAGAAGCAGGGCAAGCGCAUCAAGGGCCUGUGGACCGUGCGCAUCGAGCCGCAGCAGGAGGCUGGCGACGACAUGUACUACGUCUGGCUGUGGGAGGGCAGCCAGAUCAUGCGCAAGGUCUACGCCGCCCUGGCCCUGGCCGUCAUCUUUGCCCUCGUCUGUUACCCGCUGUGGCCCGCCAAGCUUCGCCAGGGCGGGUACUACCUUAGCUGGGGCUUCCUGUGCUUCAUGGGGCUGUUCUUCGCCAUGGCUAUCUUCCGCGUGAUCCUGUUCUGCAUCACGUAUUUUGUGCUGCCGCCGGGCCUGUGGCUGUUUCCCAAUCUCUGGGAGGAUGUUUCCGUCGUGGAUAGCUUCAAGCCCGUGUGGGCAUGGCACGAGCCCGCCGCUGAAAAGAAGAAGAAGAAGAAGAAGUCCAAGAAGGCUGCCGGCUCCGCCAAUGCGAGCGCCACCUUCUCGGCCGCAACCGGACAACCCGCUCCCGCAACUGCGACCACCACUGCCACCGCGACGCAGGUCUCGGCUGGACCCCAGCAACGCAAAUACAUGGCUCCGAGAGUGGAGGAGCUGGCGGACGACGAGUGAUUGGAAACGGUGGGGCGUUGGGCAUGGGGAUUUGACAUACUGCGUAAGGGUUGCUGCACGCC